GAUUUUGGAAUCGAUUUUCAUCACCCGCAUUUGUGAUUCUCUAAACACACACACAAAAAAAAAAAAAAAAAAAAAAAAAAAAAAAAAAAAAAAAAAAAAAAAAAAACGGAGUAAAAAAGUAAAAACAUUCCCAAAUCCCGAACACUCACUCAGGCAAAGGGUUUUAGACUUUUAGGCUUCCCUUUCUCUCUCCCUCACAAAAACCCUGCUAUCAAAAACCUCCGAAAUCCAAAACCCUAACAACAAUGGAGGGAAUCUCCUACCAACGCUUCCCCCAAAUCAAAAUCCGAGAAAUGCGAGAUGAUUUCAUGAAAUUCGAGCUCAAGAAAACCGAUUCAAGCGUCGCCAAUGCACUUCGCCGCGUUAUGAUCGCCGAAGUUCCGACCGUCGCCGUCGAUCUCGUCGAAAUCGAAGUCAAUUCCUCCGUUCUCAACGACGAGUUCAUUGCUCACCGCCUCGGCCUCAUCCCUCUUGUCAGCGAGCGUGCAAUGGCCAUGCGCUUCUCCCGCGACUGCGACGCUUGCGACGGUGAUGGACAGUGCGAGUAUUGCUCAGUGGAGUUUCAUCUUCGGGCCAAGUGUAUUGGCGAUCAAACCCUAGAUGUUACUAGCAAGGAUUUGCUGAGUUCUGAUCACACCGUUACUCCUGUUGAUUUCUCUGAGGCUCCUGCUUCUGAUGAUGCUACUGAUAAUCGAGGAAUCAUAAUUGUGAAGUUGCGUAAAGGUCAAGAAUUGAAGCUUAGAGCAAUAGCUAGAAAAGGCAUUGGAAAAGAUCAUGCCAAAUGGUCUCCUGCUGCUACAGUAACCUUUAUGUAUGAGCCAGAGAUUCUUAUUAAUGAGGAUAUGAUGGAAUCCUUGUCACUAGAACAAAAGAAAGAGUGGGUUGAAAGCAGUCCUACUAAAGUCUUUGACAUUGAUCCUAAUACUCAACAGGUAGUUGUAGUUGAUCCUGAGGCCUAUACCUAUGAUGAUGAGGUGAUUAAGAAAGCCGAAGCUAUGGGAAAGUCCGGGCUUGUAGAGAUCUACCCGAAAGAGGACAGUUUUAUAUUCACAGUUGAGUCUACUGGUGCAGUCAAGGCUCCUCAACUAUUACUCAAUGCAAUUGAAGUCCUAAAACAGAAGCUUGAUGCAGUUCGGCUGCCUGAAGACACCGUGGACGCUGAUGAUUUUGGUGAAUUAGGUGCCCACAUGCGAGGCGGUUAAUUAGCUUGUGAAAAGCAGAGUCUAAAGCUUUGACAAACUGUAAAAUGCCGCGUCAUCCUGUUAUAGCAACCAUAUGAUAAGGUAUUAAGGUGUUCUUGCUUCUUAGUCCCUACUCCCUACUGCACAUUCAGUGCCAGUUAUUUAAUUAUGCUCCUAACUACCUUACACUUUUGUUGGUUAAUUGUCCCUUAAUUCAGUAUAUUUUGGAAUGUCUAGUUUUGUUUGUGUUAUGAAUUUGAAAUGAGUUAUUUGUGACAGCUGCUCUAAUUGACUCUUCAACAUCAGCAAUUAUACUGCCUGAUUUGAGACAAAUUAUAGUACUGAUUUGUCAUCUAUGUAGUAAGCUAACUCUUGAUUUCCUCCAAGCUUUUGAGUUUUGA